CCCAAGGACACGGAGAUGAAAACAGCAGAGGAGCCAACCCCAAGUCUUGGGCAGACCCUGGAAUGGCUGAGAAAGGAACUGGCUGAGAUGCAGCUCCAGGACCAGCAGCUCCUGCUCACGCUCAGGCAUCUGCACAGGGUCCUGGAGGAGCUGCGGGCAGAGACCGCCCACUGGGAGGACACCAGGUCCAGCGCAGGGACCUCCCCGAUCAGAGCUCGGACGGGAUCCGAGGGCAGGGGCUGCCCGUCUGUCUCCGCGAGGCAGCUGGCCCAGCUCCGAGCAGAAGAAAGCAGACGGAACUCCCUCCCUUAA